AUGGAUACAGCUGUGGGUGGCAUCGAUCUUCGUAAAGGCUGCUGGAUCCAUUGCAAAUGGUGCAACUCAACAUUAAAGACAACUCCUUUCUCACUCACAAGCUGGAAACUUCACGAAAGAAGAAAGUCGCAUAUAGUAAAUGGGCAAAAAUCUGCAGACAGUUGGUCCCGGCCCCAAUCAACAAUGAAUUCUUCCCAAGCAUCCACCCAAGGCUCAACAUUAAGCCUUUCUGAGACCCCAAAGACUUCACUUGAAUUUCAUUCGUCCCAGGAUAUGAAUUCGCUGACGCUUUUCAGACGGGACUUCUAUCAAAACAAGCAAAAGCAGGAUCGAUACGCGCGAGAUGUCACUAACGUGAUUAAUGCGAUGACAAGUCUUGUAUCCGAACAGCACAGCGACAUAGAAACGCUCAAUGAUUUGGUGCUAGACAUGCGGCGUGAAAUUGAAGGGCUCAAGAGCCAAGUUGAAAAUUUACGCCUCAAAAGAAAACAAGAUAUGGCAGCUUCUCGAAAAAGAAUCAACAAAGCGAGCUUUCACGACUUCAACCAGAUUGCAAGUAGGCAUGUGCCCAGUGUGAGAGCUCAAAAUCAUAAGAUUGCCUACGCAAUGAAUGCCGCGCCAAAAACAAACAUGACAGAUAUGGAUAUAUUUGAAAAGCGCUUUCGACUCUUGUAG